GCGAACCCUGAACCGGGGACGCAGCCGGGACGAGCCCCAAUGCCCUCGCACCCGGCCCCCUCCGUGCUUCCGGGCACUCUUGCUGGCCCCGUCCUGGGGGCCGGCGGCCGUGAGGCCACUGCAGGACAGGGCCGGCCUAGCCAGCCCGGCUGCAGGUGGCCGCCCUGAGGCUCCGCCCCCUCUGCACCUGGACAGCCCGCCCUCGGCCGGAAGUGAGUGUCCGGCAGAGCUGACGUGCCGUCCAGCUGUGUGGCGGUUCCUCCCGGCCGGGUGUCGGGGCAGCGUCUCAGCCCCAGGUGUCAGCUGGUGUCAUCGGAGCCUCAGGUGCUGCCCAGGGCUGCUCCCGACCUGCCUGCUCCUUCCGGAGCCCCAAGCCAGGGCGCCUGGUGCGCUCUGCCCUGUCUCCGCAGGCUUCUGUCCGGGGUGCCAGCCCUGCGAUGGAUGGGGCAGAGAAGCCAGAGGAGGAGCAGCCACCUCGUGAGGCUGAUGCGGAGCCCACGGGGACGGUGGCUGCGCCUUCGGAGGUGGUCCCUCGGGCACUGCCCGGAGAAGCCCAGAACCUGUCCGACGUGGACGCCUUCAACCUGCUCCUGGAGAUGAAGCUGAAGCGGCGGCGCGAGCAGCCCAGGCUGCCCCGCACGGUGACCCAGCUGGUGGCCGAGGACGGGAGCCGGGUGUACGUGGUGGGCACGGCCCACUUCAGCAGCGACAGCAAGAAGGACGUCGUGAGGACGAUCCGCGCGGUGCAGCCCGACGUCGUGGUGGUGGAGCUCUGCCAGUACCGCGUGUCCAUGCUGAAGAUGGACGAGCGCACGCUGCUGCGGGAGGCCAAGGAGAUCAACCUGGAGAAGCUGCAGCAGGCAGUGAAGCAGAACGGCGUCAUGUCCGGCCUCAUGCAGAUGCUGUUGCUGAAGGUGUCGGCACACAUCACAGAGCAGCUGGGCAUGGCCCCUGGGGGCGAGUUCAGGGAGGCCUUCAAGGAGGCCAGCAAGGUGCCUUUCUGCAAGUUCCACCUGGGAGACCGACCCAUCCCCGUCACCUUCAAGAGAGCCAUCGCCUCGCUCUCCUUCUGGCAGAAGGUCAAGCUGGUCUGGGGCCUGUGCUUCAUGUCCGACCCCAUCAGCAAGGACGACGUGGAGCGCUGCAAGCAGAAGGACCUGCUGGAGCAGAUGAUGGCCGAGAUGAUCGGCGAGUUCCCGGACCUGCACCGCACCAUCGUGUCGGAGCGCGACGUGUACCUGACCUACAUGCUGCGGCAGGCGGCCCGGCGCCUCGAGCUGCCGCGCGCCUCUGACGCCGAGCCCAGGAAGUGCGUCCCCUCCGUGGUGGUGGGCGUCGUGGGCAUGGGCCACGUCCAGGGCAUCAAGAAGAACUGGACCACCGAGCUCAACAUCCAGGAGGUCAUGACCGUGCCCCCGCCGUCCAUCUCCGGCAGAGUGUCCCGCCUGGCCGUGAAGGCCGCCUUCCUGGGCCUGCUGGGCUACGGCCUGUACUGGAGUGGGCGCCGCGCCGCCGGCCUGCUCCUGUCGCUGCCCGCCGCCCAGUACUGCCUGCAGAGGGUGUCCGAGGCCCGGUCGCACAAGUAGGCGCCACGGGGAGCCGACCAGCGGACGAGCCACGCGUGGCCUCCUCCAGGUCACAGCCGAGGGGGGCUGGGCCUGGCCCUGGGGGCUCCUGGGUGCCACCUCCCAUGGGGGUCCAGGCCCAGCCGUGCCCGCCCUCCCCACCCUGCCCCAAUAAAGAAUUAUUUAACUGUU